UACAACCAAGGAGAAGGCGUUCAACAACUCUAGACUUCGUAAUUAACGAUGCCCACAAGAAAAGUUUAUACAGAACCCUAGCUUACCAGAUGCAAUUCAGGCGGAAAAUUAAAACGAGUGAGUAAAACGCGCAUUCUUCUCUGUUUCAAUGGCUGCUCUCUCUGUGUCAGCGAGUCUGCUGAAAUGCUCAGUUGCACAUAAGAACAAUAACAUCAGGUCGAUGCCCAUUAAAGUAGGGCAAGCGAAAAAGCCCUCAUUGCAAUUGCAGAGAAGAAGCUUUAAAGUACAUGCUGUUGUCAAGGAGAGAGAAUCGGACAAGGAAUAUCAAAUCGGUAGAUCUCUUUCCGAGGGCAUAGACAAAGAAUUGUUGAGCAAAUUUAGGGCGGAUGAAUUUGCAGAAAAGGCGUCCUCAGAGUACAACUCUGCCAUUGAGAUUUUGAGCUUGGCCGGAUUCACGGAUGAGGCCAUUGAACUGAAGCAAUGUAUGGAAAUGAAGAGAAUUCCCCUCACUACAGACACAUAUGUUCCUCUGAUAAUUGGCCUAUGUUUAAAGAAGAAAACAAAGGAAGCCAUGGCUCUGCUCGUGGAGACCAAAGGUAAGCCAGGCUGCGAGCCCAAUGAAUUUGCAUAUGGCGCCAUAAUUGAAAGGAUGUACCAGGAUAAAAUGAAUGAUGGCGCUCUUUUGCUUGUGCGGGACAUGAUUAGUCGUGGCUUGGUGCCUCUGGAGGUUACUGUUGCUGGCCUCAUUAAUGCAAUGUGCAAGCACAAGUAUUUUUCAAUGGCUACUGAACUUGUUCAUCAGAUCUUGCAGCCUAAUAUCGUUUACUACAAUUGUCUCAUUGAGGCUCUGGGAAAGUAUGAGGAGGCUGGCCUUGCCAAGAAUACAUUGACCCUUAUGGAGAAAAGAGGGGUGGAUGCUGAUUAUGAAAGUUAUUACAGUGUGAUAACGAGCUGUGCUUCCAAGGGCUUGGUUGAUGAUGCUACACGGGUUGUUCUAGAGAUGACAGCAAAGGGAUUUGGUGAAGUUCCCGAGAUUGAACCUGAAGAAAUUGAGGAAUUAGAGGCGGAGAUAAAGAAAAAAGGCUUUGAAUCUGACAGAAUUGAGGAAUUAAAGAAGGAAAUGAAGAAAAAAGGCAUGAAGUUUUAGAUUAUUGUAUCAGAAAGAGUUUUAAGACUUGAAUUUUGAAUUCCUUGAAUGCGUAAUUUGAACAAUUUACUGCAGGUACUUUGUUUUAUGUUAAAGUAAUAGCUGUCCUAUAAAAGUUAGGUAAAUGUCGAGAAAAAACUACAGCUCCAUGUUAGAUCACAAGUUUGAAUUAAGCGAGACUAUAACAUUCAACGGUGUUUUUGUUAAUGUUA